GUACUCUUUCCCUUGAAAACAUCAAGGAGGUUCAAAAUCUUUAACCCCUCAAAAUCAAAAACAAAGGAGAAAGAGAAUUAGAAGAGAGAAAGAGAGAAAGAAAAACUCAGAAGCAAUAUGUCUUAUUCUUCCCUCAAAUUGCCAAUCUUUCUCAUUCUCUCAUCUCUUCUCCAUGCAGCUUUAGGGGAGAACAUUAUUUGCGAGAAUCUGCCAACGAAUAUGUGCGCGUUCUCAAUAUCGGCUUCCGGGAAAAGAUGUUUGUUGGAGACGGCUAAUGUCGCCGGAGAAUUCACUUGCCGGACUUCCGCCGUUGACGUGGAAGGGAUUGUUAACCACGUGGAGAGCGACGAGUGCGUUUCCGCUUGUGGUGUUGAUCGGAAAACCGUAGGGAUCUCCUCUGACGCAUUGAUGGAAUCAGGAUUUGCCUCUAAGCUUUGCUCACCGGCUUGCUUGGACUAUUGCCCUAACAUUCUUGAUCUCUAUUUCAAUCUCGCCGCCGGUGAAGGUGCGUUUUUACCUGAUCUGUGCGAUGCUCAACGAAUGAAUCCCCACCGUUCGAUGUUGGAGAUCCUCAGCUCUGGCGCAGCUCCAGGACCUGUCUCCGAGGUUGCGCCAGCCUCCGAAGACGCUUCAUCUCCUGCUCUAGCUCCGGCUCCUAUGUAAAAUGUUCGUUAAUUCCACAAGUGUGUGUUAUAUACUUUAUAUUUAAUAUUUCGAUUGAUGAUCCAUAUGUAAUGGACCGUAUCUUACAUUUUCUAUGAUUUGAUGCGAUAUAUCAUCCAUUGAUUCAUAUUAGAGAAGAGGAUACUAAGUGAGUGAGUCUGAUUUUUGUAUCUGUUUUCUUAGUUAACAUUUCCAGUAUUAUAACAACUUUAUGAAACCAUUGUUUUGUUUUCUUCUUCUAUAUAUAUAAGUAUGUCAUGUUCAAUCGUA